AUGCUCCUCCAUCGAACUUCGCCCCUUCUUGUGGAGGGACUUGUCCUGCCUCGUCUCGUCAUGGCAGCAGCGGCGUCCGAGACAGGCGCCGUGCCACGCACGGCGAUCCAGGCCGUACAUGACAUGCUCUUCGAGCUGCGCGCUCUACGUGCUUACGCUGGAACCGCGCGCAUAUCGGAAGAGGCCCAUGCCCUGUCGCUGCACAGCGCCACACGACUCGGCCUCUAUUCGAUAGGAAGGCCUUCUGCGCAGGAGAGGCACACGUCUCGCGAAUCUGUAUUACAUGCCUUGGAUUCCAUCUACGCAGCAUCUAGGAAGCUGUGCGAAGACCUCGAUGCGUCGAACACCGCUCAUAACGACACGCUAUCGACCGGCGUAGCAGAACUCGCGCGCGUGGCAUCUGAGCUGUGUGAUGCGUCCAGCAGCGUGCGCGCCUACUCGUUUUGUACAGACCCCCAGCUCAUGCCCUUUCCGCCUGCGCUAUGGACAGGUGCUCUCGCACGCACAUCGCAGCCUUCAACGGACCACAUGCAAGCGGCAGACACACUCGACACACUGUGUCAAGGCAUCAUACCCACCCUAUCCGGCAUGGGUCUCGAAUGCUUCCAUGAGCGCAUCGAUAUGCCAGACGCCCAUGCCGACAUACAGGCUACGCACACGCUCACAUGUGGCGGCAAAAACAUUGUGCUCGACAUUGGCUUUGGCCUCAGGCACGAAGGUGAUGCACACCUUCCCCAUGUGUCCCUGCAAGUAUCGUUUGCAUCCACUGCAUCGGCUCAGACGCCCGGUGACAGAGACAAAGCUCUCGCCGACGUCGUUUGCCUGCCGCUCCAGCAGCUGUCGCUUAUACUCUUUGGCCUGCCCACCGAGGCCCGUAUUUUCGAGCGCCUGACGCGCGGCUCAGUCCCUCCCACCACAGCCUAUGCCCAGGCCAUGACCUUUUGGCAAGCUUUCAUAUCGACGCUGACGACACUCGUCAGUAUCGAUGGCUUGUGUGAAUCAACGCCACCUGCGGACAAGCCAGACGCAUUCCAAGCGCUCGAUCAAGUAAGUCGUACGGCACAGCGUGUUUGUGAAUCAGAGAUGCAUGUCUUAGCACAACAGUAUGGCGAGGCAGACGAACAACGCGUCGUGUCUCUCGUUAUGGAGCACGGCCACGGACUUGCUCUGUCCCACCAUCACACGCCGUUCCUGAGCUUGGCAUAUGCACCAUCCCACACUGCUACGGUGCGCAUCGGCCCCUGUUUCUUGCGUUUCGAGCCCGAAUCUAAGCCCUCAUGGACACCCAUACCACAUUCAGAUGUGCCCCCCGAGGCGUACAAUAUACUUUCAACAAGCGUUCUCGAGGAGGGGCAGAACCGUCCCCAGGCCCUCAUCGCACUGCUCGAGCCAGGCAUGUGCGUUCCGCUCCGCAUUGCAAGGCACGUAUACUGUGCCUUGGGCCUCGCCCGAUUUCCUUGGCCCAGCACCACGCCACGGCGAUCCGCCUGUGGUUAUGUGCAGCAAUGUCUGGGUACAUCGCGACGGUACUAUGCAGCAUCGCAGGACGAAGAAAGUCGUCACAUCACGGCUCUCCCAUUCCGCAGCUUGGCUCAUUUGUACAGCGCCUUGGAACUUUUGCGGGAACAUGCACGGUGGGCGACCCUACUGAGCAGUGCACGGCUGGAUCAGCGUGAGGAUGGCACAGCCAUCACGGUGCAACUCGAGGAAGCAAGCCCACCAGGGACGUCCGAACUCCGCCUGAGCAUACUCUCGACGCGCUGCAACAAGACGAUCAACGCACAACUCGCCUACCGUGGCGGCUAUGAGCUACAGGCACAGAGCGUGGACAUGCCGCUCCGAACCACGACCGCGUUAGAUGCGCAAGAAGCGCACCUAAUCACAGACGCUCUCCAGCAGACACCGCGCCUGGACGUAUUAGUACAUCGCCUGCUCGAAUGGGGCACAUGCAGCACAUGA